AAAAAUGAAAUUGACAUUGUUGGCAGCUAUCUUUGUUACGGUCGCAAGCGCUGCUGUUCUUUUACCCCGUCAAGAAGAUAAUGUGGCGCUUCAUAAUGGUUCUCAACCUUUGAUUCCUGCUCCUGAACCUAUCAUUUGUCCUGCUGUCAUUAUUCCAUGCCUUGCCCUUAUGCUAAUCGCCCUUCCUGUCCUGUUUCUGAAUGCUUAAAACGCCCUUGUCCUCGUGUGGCUAUGAAACCAUGUCCAGCUGCUUGUCCCACCAAAUGUGUUUUCAUCAAUGAACUUGAUCCAUGUUGUCCUUAUUCUGAUGAUAGCUUUUACUUUAAGUUAAAGAGAGGAGCUUCCUCUUUUAUUUUUUGUAUGCAUUUAAAACAGACUUAUCUUCUAAGCUGUUUAGUAGGUUCAAAAGAGAAAAGGAUCUGUGUCCUGCUUUUUGUGUUCAUGGAUAAGGAAAUUACUUAGAUUUUACUUGACAGUUUAGAUACAGUGAAAGCGGUAAAUAUUGUCACUUUGCAAACAUCGAAUGUCUACACUAUUGCAAAAAAAAAAAAGAACAUAAUGCUCCAAACUUGGUGUAGGUAU